CUCGACACGUGAUGUUAUCAAACGCUACAGGGCCGUGUGUAAAGUGUUAUGAGACCGUUCUGGAGUAGAAGCUCGUAAAACCGUACUGAUGUCUUUCUAUCGAAACACGGUUUGGUUUAUAAAAGGUCUACAGGAAUAUACAAAGAGCGGUUAUGAGGCAGCGGAGAGGCGUUUCAGCGCGGCGGAUCUGGAGGCGAGUGUGAGCGGCCGCUCGUUCAUCAUCACCGGAGCUAAUAGCGGCAUCGGUAAAGCCGUCGCCUGCGAAAUAGCCAAAAGAGGUGGGACGGUACACCUUGUGUGCAGAAAUAAAGAUCGGGCGGAGGAGGCAAGAAAUGAGAUCGUUGAGCAUAGUAAAAAUGAGAAUGUCCAUGUCCACAUUGUUGACAUGUCCAGCCCCAAAAAAGUGUGGGAGUUUGCCAAUGAAUUCUCUCACAACAAAAGUCUACAUGUUCUGAUCAAUAAUGCCGGCUGCAUGGUAAAUCAGAGAGAACUGACAGAGGAUGACCUGGAGAAAAACUUUGCGACCAACACACUUGGGACAUAUAUUCUGACAACAGCACUGAUUCCCACGCUGAAAAAGUCACAGAAUCCGAGAGUGAUCACUGUGUCUUCUGGUGGCAUGCUGGUUCAGAAGUUGAAUGUUGAAGACCUUCAGUUUGAGAAAGGCUCUUUUGAUGGCACCAUGGCAUAUGCGCAGAACAAGAGGCAACAGGUGAUCAUGACAGAGCAAUGGGCAGCUCAGCACAAAGAAAUCCACUUCUCGUCCAUGCACCCAGGCUGGGCAGAUACCCCAGCGGUGCGGUCAUCCAUGCCAGACUUUUAUGCUAAAAUGAAGAACAAACUCCGUACUGAAGCGCAAGGUGCUGACACAGUGGUGUGGCUGGCCGUAUCAGAUGCUGCCAGCAGACAGCCCAGUGGCCUCUUCUUCCAAGACAGAAAAGCUGUUUCUACGCACCUGCCCCUUGCCUUCUCCAGGUCCUCUCCCUCUGAAGAGGAGAAGCUGAUGAGUACGCUGGAGGAGCUUGCUGUUAAAUUCAAGUGCUAAUCGGUAAAGUUCAAAAUCAAAUGGUCAAAUCCACAGAGGCUUUAUGAUCAAAAAUACAUCAUUCCACCGAGAGACUUUGAUACUCAUUCCUAAUCAUGGGAUUGCAGUGACCUGAGGAGCUCAUGAAUACUACACCAAAAAGGCAUAAAUGUGCAUUAAUAGUGGACUUUUUGUCCCCUCUCCUAAGCAAAUACACUCCUCAGACAAGACAAGAAACAAAUACAUCCACCUCUGCAGCUAAUUAAAUGUGCACCCUGUAGAGUUGAGUUCUGAAUGUUUUAUAUAAGAUGGUUUGAAUUUUUGAAUAGCUGAAAUUACAACAUGCUUAACAAUAUUUUCCAUGAGGACACACAAGUACUAUAGAGAUUUGACCAGCCCAUGCAGAUAAAGUUAUGAUGCCAGCAUCCUGUAUAACUAUCAAGAAAAUAAAUGACACUAUAAAUGUGAAAGGAAAGUUAUGAAACUAUAUUAUGGACAAGGGGGUUACCCUUUAUACACACUUACAAAUGAGUUUACUAACAGUUAACAAGCUAAUUAUUAAUUUACCAUUUAUAUUAUAUAUCAUUUAUAUGACCAUUUGUGGCUGAUGAGAUGAUUCUUAAUAAAAUACUGAACACUAAAUCGCUCUCAA